GAAAAAAAACUUCAGUAAUUAGGAGGAGUGUCCACAUACUUUUGACCAAACUGUGUUUAUUAUUUAUAAGGUGAUGUCUCCAUCUACUGGUUAUGACUUUAAUAUGUAACUUAUACUCUCCAGUCCAAUAUACAGUAGUUCUCCCAAAAACCAUGCUAAUAUGCUGCACCCAUCGUUGUAAUUGAUCACGUGACUCGGGGCUCAGCAUUGAUGUGACGCAAUCGCGGCUGUGUUAGAACUCUGAUGACGUCACAGAGAGCUGCACUGCAUGACCUGAGCGCGAGGUGAAUCAGAGCUUCAUUUCUUCUUACUGGGGAGUAACACAAAGCAGAGAGAUAUGCCUCAAGUGAACAAAGUGGACGUUGUCCAGUCCAAGGUUCCUGAUCUCCAGGAGCCUUCACUACAAUACUUCAGGGGAAAAUUAGGGGAAAGUCUGUUUGUGAAAUCGGCAGAAUUCGACUCGUCGGACAAAGACAUGGAAAUAACGUGUGGAUCCUACAACUGCCUCCACGAUCCACACUUAAAGAACUUCUUUAACCAGCCACAAAGGAAAAAGCAUCUGCUCAAACAGGGUCUCAUCAUUCAGGACGAUCAGGUGCUGUGCUCGGCGAAAGAUCUAGUUCAGUACAUGCGGUACAUCAGAAGAGUGCUGAUGAGCUGGAACAAACUUCACCAACAAGAGCAGAAGCAGCUGCUGAAGAAGUUCAUGGUGCUGAAACUCAAUUGUGGAGUUCCUGAGAACAUCAGUGCUGCUCACAUGAAAGAGUGGCUCAUCUAUAGAGAGAGAAGCACCUUCAGGAACAUCUUCAAGAAAAAUGUAAAACAAGGCAGCAAUUCAAGCUAUGCUGAAAAGGCCUGGGAGGUAAAUCAAAGGAUCGAGCUGGAGGAAAUGGAGAAAAAAAUUCUCAGAGAGCUCCGUGUAGAACGUCGAAUCCCACAAAGACCAGUGGACGUUCCUUCUAAACUGGAAAAUGUACAAAAAAUAUUUGUACUGCCCUGUUCGUCUGGCUCGACCAUUUCACCUGCUGAUGACCAGGCCGAGGGCACCCUGCUGGCUCAGGACUCAACACUAGAGAAUUCACCCACUGGGAACUCAAUCCAGAAAUUUAGUCAAUCAGCUGAUGGAGCUGCUGCAAGUAUGUUGUACCCGCUCUAAUGGAAUUUGUUCAUCCUACACAGUCCACCAGAGUGCAUCUUCCAGACUUGGUCUUGUCAGAAUCUUACAAAAUCACCAAGCUCAGGGAUUAAAUCGGACAGUUCUGGGGGUUUUGAGAGCUCUGUAGUAAUGAGCUCCUCUGAUGAAUCAGUGAAUACACCCCCCUUACUCUCGACGGCUAAGAAGUUGGUGCUGGAGGUGCGGUACUGUUCUGCAUCUCUGAUCAAAUGUCAGCAGGAAGAGAGCAAUGACAAGGCUGAUGAUUUUGAGAACCUGGACUUGGAUGUUCAACUUCCAAGUCCGUCACCGUCUUCUGUCUCCUCUGUUGAAGUUAUCAGAGAGAGGAAUGUUAUUACACCAGUGGAAGAACCAGAAACUAGUUUUCAGUUCUCCAACACAGAGGAACCCGAGGUCACCUUUCUGGGAUUUAGACCUCAGAGAACGUGCCAGUCUCGGACCAGCCCAACAUGUACAGAUAGAAAACAUGAGUGAAGAUAUUGUCGGACAGACCUUAGACAUGGUGAUAUCAGUUCUUGCAAGUGAAGGACUUUUGUCACUACAGGAAACAUCAGAUAUGUCUGAUGUAUCUUCACCAGAUAAUUCUAUAGAAUCAGACAUGUUGGCAAGUUGUGGCACCACAGAUGAAAGCCAGAGUCCGACCCAGUGCUCAUGCUCAGAUUCUGGUUCCCAGCUGAGCUUACAAUCAAAAAAGGUAGUAAGUGAAACUCUGGUGGGAAUCCAAAGGAAAUGAUCAGACCAGUCUUUAACUGAAAUCAUCUCACCAGAUAACAGUGAUGCCAUCAGUGACCUUAUCAGUGGCAUCCUAAGGCAGAUCCAGGAAUCACCCAGCCUGGAUGCCAGUGAGCUAAUCUCCUCCAGCUCUUCAGAAAGCAGCUUCAUUUCACUCUCACAUGAUUGUAAAGCUCAGUCUGGUUCUGAGAUCAUGGGGGAUAAAUUAGUAAUGAAGAACAUCCAGCCACACAUUGGUACCAUCAGCAAGGCUCAAAGGAAACCUUCAGAUGUGAAUGGAGAUGUUAUCAACUCUCUGGUUCUAGAGGUUUUGGGAUCUGCUCUGUUUGAAAACCCUUCAGAGAAAACGUCACACCUUGAUGCUCUGAACAGAGACCAGACUGUCAGAUUGGUAAAAUCUUCAGAUAAUACUGCAGGACCAGAGAGACCCUGCCAUCAGAGGCCAAAGUCCUGCCCAUUAUUAAAGAAGGACAGUACUAGUAAUGCUGCAGGGGCUUCUGCCAGCCAAACACCUGAAAACCCAACUGGCAAGAAACAAAAGAAGAAGAAAAGUGUUCGCUCUUUAUUCAUGAUGGCCUGGAAAGUGGUGAAACGGACCUUCACCAGAAGAUCCAACAAGAUAUCUCCAAUCUAAUCGUCCACCAUUUAUUUUACCACCAGCCAAAACUGAGCAGAAUUAUCCUUAGCUAGAUCAUUACCAUGGACAUGUCUUGGGUCCUCGCUUAGAGAGACCUGAAGAACCACGUUCCACCAUGAAGACUUCAUUGUUGUUAGACUUUUGUCAGCAGGAGGUCACCUUCCUUCUUUAGUAACCAACUUUUAUCUGGCACUACUGUGAUCUGUGCCAUGUUGGUCACUUUUGAUUAUCAUGAGUGGUCAGUCUUGUUCCUUUCUCCACUUUGGUUCUCAGUCAUGAGCUCCAUUAUCGAGAGCUCUGCUCUGAGUUUCCUUUGGUAACAUUUGGUUGAGGUACUUCUGCUGUCCCACAGUCUUACUUGGUACCAUCUUGGCUUGGCAGCAUCUGUGGUUCCUGGUCUUUCUGAGUACUUUCUGAUGCUGAAAGGUUAUUUCACUCAACAUGUACCUAUUCAGCAUUGUUCACAUUCUCACCUGUAGAACUGUAGUUCUGAAAGAUUCAUUUACCUUCACAAGGAGCAGAAAAUCCCUCAAACAUCCCAGGAUUGCAGGAUUUCAUGGUGACUAUUCUGGUUAAGAGAGUUUCCUCUGAAGAACAGGAAGAAGACAUCACACCUGCUUCUCUGAAAAACCUCACCAAGUUAUGUCCAGAGUGAUGAUCUAGCUAGGAGUGUUAAUAUGCUCAUAUCUACAAGCCACAUGACCAAGCACACAUCUGUACCAGCUGUGUUUCUUCUUCAAUAUAAAAACAACACAGGACUCGGAGUGCCAGCCAGAAGAGGAUGGAUGCUGCUUAAUUUUCCUGGACACUCUAGGCUUAAUUCUCUGUACAUUUUAACCAAUAAAAUUUCAACACUGAUCCUUGAUGCAAAAA